CAACAAUUUCGCCGAGUGGAUGGCCGGCCGCAAGUCAUGGAUGAUUGCUACAAGGAAAUCAUCUAACAGUGUUGGCCGGUUCUUCGUCGCUCUGAAUGGGAAAAAGAGGUCAACGAGGAGCUGAAGAAGGAGGCAGAGUUCUUUGGUGACAUUGUUCUCGUCCCUUUCAUGGAUAGCUAUGACCUCAUUGUUUUAAAGACUAUUGCCAUUGCUGAGUAUGGGGAAUGGGAAGAAGAAGUAUACCCACCUUACGCAAACGGACCGGGCUAUGUGAUUUCAUCAGACAUCGCUGAGUACAUCGUAUAUGAGUUUGACAACCAGAAACUGAGAUUGUUCAAGAUGGAAGACGUGAGCAUGGGCAUGUGGGUUCAGAAGUUUGACAAGACUCGCCAGCCGGUGGAGUAUUCCCACGACGUCAAGUUCUUCCAGGCCGGCUGCUUCGACGGCUACUACACCGCGCACUACUAGUCGCCGCAGCACAUGAUCUGCCUCUGGAGGAAGCUACAGUCCGGGAGAGCUCAAUGCUGCAACGCCAGAUGACAAUGAGACUGCUUGGUAGUUGAAAAGCAGCACCCGGCUCUCUGGAGAAUCAAACAGCAAGGAUGAGUUCGAGUUUGAUCUUGAUUUGGAGGCCCUCUAGAUAGUUAGCUUGCAUAAUUCGCUCAUUCUUUUGGUCAGUGGCUGGUUAAUUUUUCAGUUGCUGACUCUGACACUAGCUAGAUGCUGUCACCAUGUACAUGUGUCAAUUGUUUUUGACCUAGGAACUACCAGCUCUGCUGAUCUCACUUGUAUACCGGUUGUUCUUAUAUAUACAUAAUAGAUGUUUCGAGUAAAUCAUUUUGUGUGUUCAGAGCU